AUAACAAAAUUCAAAUACUAAUAAGACCCUGUUUGGCGUGGCUUCCAAGCCUUGAAAGUCAUUCCACGUACAUGUAUUGCAGUAUUGGUGCUUGGUAGUUGAAGAUGACUUUGUCAGACCGUUAUUCAGAGCUCUUCAUUUGUUGCGCUCACUGUUAGGCCUUGAUCGUUUGAAAUGCUCAAACUCACGUCUCUCCAUUCCCUUCAACCAGACCUUCCUCACAACCUCCAUUUCUCACUCCUCCAAAACUCCAAAACCCCACAAGAAGUUACUCAACUUCACGCUCUCACGAUUAAAACAGCCACCUUCCAUCACCAAUCAAUUUCUUCUCGACUCAUAGCUCUAUAUGCAGACCCCAAAAUCAACAACCUCCACUACGCUCGAUCUGUUUUCGACCAAAUUCAAGAACCCGCUUUGUUUUCUUGGAACACGAUCAUCAAAUGCUACGUUGAAAACCAUCGUUCACAUGACGCCCUUCUUCUGUUACACCAAUUGCUUUCUGGUUCGGUUUGUGUGCCGGACGAUUUCACUUUACCUUGCGUGAUUAAGGGUUGUGCGCGAUUACAUGCUGUCGAGGAGGGUAAACAGAUUCAUGGGCUAGUUUUGAAAAUUGGGUUUGGUUUGGAUAUGUAUGUUCAGAGCAGUUUGGUUAACAUGUACUCAAAGUGUAGUGACAUUGAUUCUGCUCGUAAGGUGUUUGACAGAAUGGAGAACAGGGAUGUAGUUGUCUGGAAUUCUUUGGUGGAUGGGUAUGCUCGAUGCAAGGGAAUCGAAAUGGCAUUGGAGUUGUUUGAUAAAAUGCCCCAACGGGAUGCUUUUUCAUGGACUGUUUUGGUCGAUGGUUUUUCUAAAUGUGGGAGGGUUAAGGAUGCAAGGAAGGUAUUUGACAGGAUGCCAAGUAAGAACUUGGCAUCGUGGAAUGCCAUGAUUAAUGGGUAUAUGAAAUUUGGGGAUUUUAAGUCAGCACGCCAAUUGUUUGAUUCCAUGGAAGCAAGAGAUAUAAUCACCUGGAAUUCAAUGAUAUCAGGGUAUGAAUUAAAUGGUCUUUUUAUGGAUGCUAUGGAGCUGUUUCAGACAAUGUUGAAUUUGGGUCUUAUGCCUACUUAUGCUACCUUGGCUAGUGCUCUUUCCACAGUUUCAGGGUUAACUCUUCUUAGCAAAGGAAGGUGGAUACAUUCUUACAUGGUGAAAAAUGGAAUUGAAGUAGAAGGCUUGCUUGCUACAUUGCUGAUCGAAAUGUAUUCCAAGUGUGGGAGCAUUGAGUGUGCUUUAACAGUUUUUCGUGCAAUACCCAGUAAGAAGUUGGGGCAUUGGACUGCUAUAAUUAUAGGACUAGGAAUGCAUGGUAUGGCCUGUGACGCUCUUGAAUUAUUUGCUGAAAUGCACAGAGUUGGAGUUACACCAAAUGCUAUAACCUUUAUCGGAGUGUUAAAUGCUUGUAAUCAUGCAGGAUUGGUUGAUGAUGGUAGGAGGUACUUUGAUAUGAUGACAAAUGAAUAUGGAAUAGAACCCACCAUUGAACACUACGGUUGCUUGGUGGAUAUUCUAUGCCGAGCUGGACAUCUUGAAGAGGCAAAGAAUUUAAUGCAAAAUAUGCCUAUGAAACCGAACAAAGUCAUUUGGGUGAGCUUGCUUAGUGGUUCUAGGAACCAUAAAAACACAGAUAUUGGUGAAUAUGCAGCUCGACAUUUACUUGAAGUGGCUCCAGAAAGUAUUCAAUGUUAUAUUCUUCUGUCCAACAUGUAUGCUGCAGCUGGUCAGUGGGACAAGGUUUCACAGGUAAGAGAAAUGAUGAAGAAGAGAGGAGUCCAAAAAGAACCAGGAUGCAGUUCAAUAGAGCAUAAAGGCCUGCUUCAUGAGUUUAUUGUGGGCGAUAAAUCCCAUCCCCAAGCUAAAUAUAUAUAUUCUAAGCUGCGGGAGAUGAGGGAAAAAUUGAAAUGUAUGGGCCAUGUACCGGACACAACACAAGUUCUGUUGUGUAUCGAAGGGGAGAAAGAGAAGGAAGCUGAAUUGGAAAAUCACAGUGAAAGGUUGGCUAUUGCUUUCGGUCUCAUUAAUGUGGAACCGGGGAACCCGAUUCGCAUUGUGAAGAAUCUUCGUGUUUGUAAUGAUUGCCACACAGUUACAAAACUUCUCUCUGAAAUCUAUGACCGUGAAAUUAUUGUGAGAGACAAUAGCCGCUUUCAUCAGUUCAAAAAUGGGUCAUGUUCUUGCAUGGAUUAUUGGUGAUUGCCUGGCUUGUUGGUUGAUAUAAAUGUCCGACUUAAGAGCACGAAUUAGACUUCUCCUAAGCAUUGCCAAUAGACCACAGAAACGGCUUCUUUGCUGGGUUUGAAAUAGCCUUCAGUCUUGUGUAUAGAAGUAAUCACAACGUAUAAGCUUGUUUGGGGCUUUGCAAAAUAUUCUCUGGUACAACAUAACUCCUUGAUUAAAAUUGUUUCUGUUUGAAGUUCUGCCAUAAAACAUAUGGUUAAUGGCUGACCCUUUUAACUUUCGGCCUUCCAUAUGCUUUAGGCGGUCAUUGUUCACUUGUUUUACACUAUAUAUGUAGAAAGAUGAGAGAACUUGUAACCUUCCAACUAUUCAGGUUGGAGCUAAUUUUGUAAACUUGAAUAUUUUCUUCUC